AUGUCGACACCGUUCGAUACGAUUGAUGCUGCUAAUCGUCAUUUUGAACAACUUUUUAAUGCUGGCAAAAUUGAUGAAUUAGUUGAACUUUAUACAUCACAAGGAAAACUUUUACCACCUGAUAAAAAUACAUAUCAAGGACGUGAAGAAAUUAAAAAAUUUUGGCAAGGUGCUCGAGAUGCUGGUGUUAAUAAUCUUCAUCUUACAACGGGUACAGUUUUAGAAGCUGGACAAGAUCGAUUAAUUGAAACAAGCUCUUAUAAACAUUCGUUAGAUCGAGGUAAUUAUCAAGUUAUAUGGAAACGUGUUACUGAAGGAAAAAAUGAUUGGCAAUUAGACAUUGAUAUUUUUAAUUGA